AUGAAUUAAAAAGGUCAAAAAACAACAAAGUUUGCGAAGUGUUGAGUGCCCAGGCUUGGUGUGUUUUUAGUUUACUAGGAACACAAACACAAGAACAACCGAAGAAGAACCCUAGUUCGUUGUUCCCCCGUUAACGCUAUUGGAAAUCUGGAAUCUUCUGAAUUUGCUCCAUCUUUCUCAUCCUCUCCUUCGCAUUACCAGGUCUGGUAGGCUUUGAGGUCAGGGGUGUAGCCUAAACGAUGUCGGAAUACCAGGACGAUCCCGAUAAAUAUGGUUCUCCUCCUCAAUUGCAGGAGAAUGAUAAUGGUGGUCUUGAUGAACAUAACGACUCGAAAUCCCAGCAUGGUUCUCGGGAUCAUGAGAGGGGUUCUUCAAAAAGUAGAGAAAGGGACCGAGAGAAGGGAAGGGAUAAGGAUCGGGAUCGAGAUCGAGGAAGGGAGAGAGACAAGGAGAGGGACAAGGAAAGGGACAGAGAUAGAGAUAGAGAUAGAGAUAGGGAUAGAGACAGGGAUAGGGAUCGGGAAAGAGACAAAGAUAGGAGCCGGGAUAAAGAUCGAGACCGUCAUAGAGACCGGCAUAGGGACAGGAGUGAUAGAGGUGAUCGCCACAGAGAUAGAGAGCAUGAUGAUGAUUACUACAAAAGCAGAGACCGUGACAGGCGGAGAGAUCAUGAUCGUGAUAACGAUGAUACAAGUAAACACAGAUCUCGUUCAAGGGCAAGAUCUGAGCACAGGUCAAGGUCAAGAUCUCGUUCUCGCUCUAAAAGCAAAAGGAUAAGCGGAUUUGACAUGGCACCUCCUUCUUCUGCAAUGUUAUCUUCUGCUGCAGCCUUUGCAGGUCAGCUUCCCGGUGCAGCUCCAACAAUCCCUGGAAUGUUUCCAAACAUGCUACAAUUGACUCCUGGACAGCCAUUAGGAGCUAUUCCUGUUAUGCCUAUGCAGGCCAUGACACAACAGGCAACGCGGCAUGCGCGGCGAGUAUAUGUUGGCGGGCUUCCUCCUACUGCUAACGAACAGUCGGUGGCAACUUUUUUUAGCCAUGUUAUGGCUGCGAUUGCGGGGAAUACUGCUGGACCAGGUGAUGCUGUUGUCAAUGUUUAUAUUAAUCAUGAAAAGAAGUUUGCUUUUGUGGAAAUGAGGUCUGUGGAGGAAGCUAGCAAUGCUAUGGCAUUGGACGGUAUAAUAUUUGAGGGUACGCCAGUUAAAGUGAGAAGACCUAGUGAUUACAACCCUUCUCUAGCUGCAACCCUCGGUCCCAGUCAACCCAAUCCAAAUUUGAACCUGGCUGCUGUUGGAUUAACACCGGGGUCAGCUGGUGGACUCGAGGGUCCAGAUCGAAUAUUUGUGGGUGGGCUACCUUACUACUUAACAGAAUCACAGAUCCGGGAGUUACUUGAAUCUUUUGGCCCCCUUCGGGGUUUUGAUCUCGUGAAGGAUAGAGAAACUGGGAACUCAAAGGGUUAUGCCUUCUGUGUUUAUAACGAGCCCUCAGUCACUGACGUAGCUUGUGCAGCUUUGAAUGGGAUUAAAAUGGGUGAUAAAACACUCACUGUUAGACGUGCUAAUCAGGGAGCAGUCCAACCUAAGCCUGAGCAGGAGAUUGUUUUGCAGCAUGCACAACAGCAGAUAAUGUUGCAGAAGCUCAUGUUUCAACCUGGAGCACUUCCUACCAAGGUUGUGUGCUUGACUGAAGUGGUUACUGCUGAUGAUCUUAAAGAUGAUGACGAGUAUCAAGAUAUAAUGGUUGACAUGAAAGAGGAGGGUGAAAAGUUUGGUCCUUUGGUGAACGUUGUCAUCCCACGACCAGGGCCAAAUGGAGAACUUGGACCUGGAGUUGGAAAGGUGUUUCUGGAGUAUUCUGACACGGAUGGUUCCUCCAAAGCUCGAGCAGGAAUGAAUGGAAGGAGAUUCGGUGGAAACCAAGUGGUUGCUGUGUUUUAUCCUGAAAAUAGAUUUGCUGAAGGUGACUAUGAUGCGUAGGGGCUUAUUUGCAACCCCCUGACUCUCUUUGUACUUAUAUUAGCACUAUUUAGUCUCAAGAGUAGGCAACAUAGAUGUCUUUGAUCCUGUACACGGGAAGAUUGAUAUUUAAGUGAUCUUGUUUUGCGGGCCGGCUAAUAUUACAAUUAACUGAUGAUAUUAGCCUAUGGGUGUGCUUAAUUGUUGGAUUAUUUCUUAAUUAAAUCUAUUAGUACAUUGGUAUA